ACACUACAAGAAAUUUAGAGUGACAGACUGUGAUUCGCUACUCGCUUUAUUUGAUAGAAAAUAGUAGGAAAUAAACGUGUUUAUUUGAUCUAUAGCAAAAUCUCUUCUUCCGAUAAAUCUAUUAGCUAUUUUAUCGUGUGAAGUGAAAUCGGAACAAACUUCUUUUUUUUUUAGUUUAAAUUGUGUUUGUGGCUAUUUGUUUGCAUUAUCGUUUAGGUGGUUUCGCAAUUUAAAAAAUGGUUGUAGUUUCAUCGAAUUUCUCGGCGCCGGUGGAUGGUAUUCUUCUUGAGACACCAUCGACGAAGCUUUUGGUGAACGAUCAAGAAUUGGGCACGGCUACCUUGUACAUCACAGAACAUAACGUAGUGUGGGGUGGUGGCGUCCGACCGACUGGCGGGCCGGCACCAACCAUCAGUCUACUUUACCCGAGCAUAUCCUUGCAUGCUGUACAGAGAGAUCCAUCUCCUGCUCUAUAUAUGGUUCUAAAUUAUGAAUUGAGAUUGCCUGAGCUCACCAGCCAGACAGGCAGCGGCGACAGCACUGCACCAGAUGAUGACGAUGAUGAAUUUGAUGCCGAUGAUCAGCCUAUCACACAACUGAGAUUUAUACCGCAGAGUGAGAGCGAGCUGCAAGCGAUGUACGCUGCUAUGUCUCAGGGGCAGGCAUUACACCCCGACCCAGCUGAUGAAUUAGAUGAAGAUGAACAUUACCUGGAUGGUGAGGAAUUUGAAGAGGGUGAUGAGGAGUUCGAAGAUGCGGAGGAGAGCGACGGCGCGGGGGCGGGGGCGGGGGCGGGGAACGAGGCCGCCGCGCGCAUGCGGAACCUGCGGCUCGAGCACAACGGCUCACAACACUACCACGGUACCCACUACACUGUACACUCACUGUAGCCCGAGACGCCGAAGACGAAGAGAUCGAGGAGCAGUGAUAUGAUAUGAACAGCAACGUCGUCGUAUCGUCCGGCCGGAUGGGUCGCCAUGCUUGUGUUUAGCCAACGUGUCUGUCAGUGUUAGCUGUGAAUUUAGAAAUGAGAUUUUUAUUUCUCUUUAAUUGUUUUGAUUAAACCUACGAUUUGUAAGAAAGAAAUUCAAGGCUCACAUUUUAGUUACAAUCAGUACAGUACAUAUAAUAUAGAGUAUUAUUAUUUUUUUAUUUUUUUAAGUAUAGACGGCAAUCAUUAAUAAGUGUGCACAACACGAUUUCACAGUGUUAAUAUCAC